GUCCGGGCUCCUCAGUGCGAUCUUUCUUCUAUUCUUCCAAGCCAGAAGCAAGAUGACACUGGGCUAUAAAGAAAAAGAUUUUUUCACAGCUUGCCCACCUUGCUACUGCGGAAAAGGAGGCCCGCAGAUCAGAUACCCUUUUCGGCUAGAAUUCAGUCCAUCAUACUGUGGUGCCCGGGGUCUAGUUCUCUCGUGCUGGGGAAACGAAACCCUUCUCUCACUACCUGACUUGGGCUCCCGUAAGGUGAUUGCCAUUGACUACCGGAUGGAAUCAAUAACGAUCAAACUUGGAGAGCCGUGGUCUGACUGCCAGGUGCAAAACUUCAGCUCUACCAGCCUCACAACGCCAGUUUACACACCUCCUCCGACAGCCAGUUUGGUGAACUGUUCCAAAGCAUGGAAUGACGGGGAGUACGAUGGCAAGAGACCGAUCUCAUGCUUGAGCAGUGCCGACCAUUUUGUUUAUCUGGCUUAUAUCGGCAUGUCUCUGGACGAGCUACCUUUGGAUUGCGUGGUGGUUUCAACUAAUCUUGUGCUUCCAGGAUGGGGAGAUGUGCAAAUGGGAGAGGUGAUGCUCAGAUGGAACUCUCCUGAGAUCGGCUCCACAUGCGCAGGAUGCGAAUUGUCGGGAGGACGUUGCAAAUUUGACUGGACAAUAAACCAAACUUCCUGCAGCUUUCCCGAACAGCCUGGUGCAGAUUCUUCAAACGUCAACCUUAUCAUAGGCACAUCUGUUGGUGCAUUGGUCGUACUUGUAUCGGUGGCGUGCAUUCUAGUUUACGUCUUUAGAAAUUAUGGCAAGGAAAAACAAGUGCGUUUAAAGGUAGAAAAGUUUCUUGCAACCUACAAGGCCACAAAACCCACGCGGUACUCUUUUGCUCAUGUUAAAAAGAUGACCAGGCAUUUCAAGCAUAAAUUGGGCCAAGGUGGUUUUGGAACCGUAUAUAAAGGGGAGCUACCAAAUGGAAUUCCAGUGGCAGUUAAGAUGCUGAUGAAAUCUAAAGGGGAGGGACAAGACUUCAUCAAUGAAGUAGCCACAGUUGGAAGAAUCCACCAUGCCAAUGUGGUUCGUCUCUUGGGAUUUUGUUCUGAAGGAACAUGGCGUGCACUUAUUUAUGAAUUUAUGCCAAAUGAGUCACUGGAGAAGUACAUUUUUUGUAAAAGAAAUAAAACAGAUCAUCAACCAUUGGACGUGAAAAAGCUGGAAGAGAUUGCUAUUGGGAUUGCUCAGGGUAUCGAGUAUUUGCAUCAGGGAUGCAACCAACGCAUCCUACAUUUUGACAUCAAACCUCACAACAUUUUGUUGGACCAUGACUUCAAUCCAAAGAUUGCAGAUUUUGGUCUUGCAAAGUUAUGCUCGAGAGACCAGAGCAUUAUCACGAUGACUGCUGCGAGGGAAACAAUGGGCUACAUUGCACCCGAGAUUUAUUGUAGAAAUUUUGGAGCAGUGUCUUAUAAAUCAGAUGUCUAUAGUUUUGGAAUGUUGGUGCUGGAAAUGGUAGGUGGCAGGAAGAAUGUUGAUCCUGAAAUCGAGAAAACAAGCGAGAUAUAUUUUCCAGAGUGGGUAUAUGGCCGGAUAGUACAAGGUCAUAAUCUAAGAUUGGUGAUGCAGAGGAAUGGAGCUGAAGAAGAUAUCGUCAAAAAGCUUGCUAUAGUCGCCUUAUGGUGCAUACAGUGGAAUCCAAUGGAUCGGCCCUCCAUGACAAGAGUGGUUCACAUGCUGAUGGGAAAUUUGGAGAAUUUGGAGAUACCCCCCACGCCUUUCGUCUCCUCCACUGGUUAAGAGAAUGAUGUGUAAACAAAGUGCAGAUUUCAAUAGCAGACUCGGUUGAUAUACCACAAAAUACUAUAAAUAUUCCGCCCUAUCAGUACUGUAUAAUGUUAUAUUUGUACUUUUCAUAUCUUACUCCUACACUGUAUCAAAACUGCAUCUAUCUUCUACUUAGCUACCAAGACUUCCUGUAAGUGAUUUUUGUAAAUAAUGCCUAGAAAUAAUUCAAUAAAAGGAUUGAUU